AUGGCUCAAAAUCAUGCUGUUGUCAUCGGCGCUUCCGGUCUGAUCGGUUGGGGCAUCGUGGAUGAACUUCUCUCACAGGACUCCAUUGCGGCGGGCACCUUCGGAAGGGUUACAACAAUCGUUAAUCGCCCCAUCAACCGAGAUGAUACAUUCUGGCCCGACGAACACCCCACCCAGCCCAAACUCCUCAUGGUUGACGGCGUCAAUUUGAUGGACGACGAGGAAAAGGUUACCACUGUGCUGAAAGACAAAAUAACGGAUGCCAAAACCAUCACCCAUGUCUUCUACUUCGUCUUUAGGGCCCACGAUGAAGAUCAGGAAGCGGAGGUGGCGAUGAACGCUGGGAUGAUGGCCCGGUUCAUCAACGCGAUCGAGUCGCUCACAACCAACCUCAAAUUCGUCGUCUUCCCGGGAGGCACGCGGGGCUACGGCAUCUACCGCCCAGGCGGAAUCUUCACCGCGCCUCUCGACGAGUCACUGAUCGGCACGCUCCCCGACGACUACGCCAAGACAGUCGCGUACCCGUCCUUCCGGCGCCUGCUCGCCAGGGCAAGCGAGGGCAAGCCCUGGACGUGGUGCGAGGUGUGCCCCGACGCCGUCGUCGGGUUCGCGCCCAAUGGAAGCGGGUGGUCCCUCGCCGCGCACUGGGCCACGUUCCUCGGCGUGUGGCGGCUGAGGCACGGCGAGGGGAGCGAGGUGGCCUUCCCGGGGUCGCUGGCCGGCUACGACUCGAGGUUCACCGAAGCGAGUACGAGGGCGCUAGCCCGCUUCGCCAUCCACGCCUCGGCGCUGAGACCCGAGGCGUGUGGCGGCGGCAAGACCUUCAACGUGGCGGACGACGAGGCGCCUGGCACCAUGCGGGAGAGGUGGCCUCAGAUUGCGGCUUGGUUCGGAUGUGAGUGA